AUGCUGCUUGCAUGCGGUUGGUAUCAUCCCUCUGUCAUUGAUGAUGUUGUGUUACUCAGUUGCGAUUGCAGCUGCUCCCGGCGAGGACAAGAAUGUCGCCCUUCGUCGUCGGUCCGGAAGCGCAACUUGCGAAAACCGCCGCUCGCAUCUAGGCCAUCUCAGCUCGAGGAGAAGUUGGAAGAUCUCGUGACCUUGCUUCGGUCCCAGCAGACUCUUACGAGGCAACCGUCCGGCCCUCCUGCGGAGUCAGCUGCGCAACCCCAUGACUUGGGUGUGCCAAGUAGCAUAGGAUAUACCAAUUACCCAUCAGACCACCACUAUGUUUCUUCAUAUCAGGUGGAAAAAUGCUUUGAACCUCCCAUAGCCAAUACCCGCUGCCAUGUUCCAUCUGUUCAGACGCCAUCAACCAUGGUUGUAAGCUCAACCUCGCAUCCAUCCCCGAACUCGAUUUCGACGUCCGGUUCGCAGGAAACUGAGCUUACACCAGCCGAAGCCGAAGAAGUCCUCAACACUUUCCACCACCAGUAUUUGCGAUUCUUGCCGUUUAUCUACAUCCCACCAGAGAUGACAGCACAGCGAUUGCAAGACGAAAGGCUCUUUUUAUGGCUGAACAUCAGAGCUGUAUGUUGCAGGUCACUCACGCAGGUGAACAGACUGGGCCACAACAUACGGGAGAUCUUAGCACGUAGGGUCUUUGUCGACCUGGAGCGGACUUGCUGCUGGGCGUUUUGGUAUACCUCGGGUGCUAACUCGUUAGUAUCUGAUAUUCGGCUUGAUCGUCUCCGAGAAGCAACUGGGAGUUCCUGCCUCCAAUCGCCGCAGUUGCAUCACAAGCCGCCCCCGAAGACUCAGAACCAUGAAGAGAGAAGAGCGAUCCUUGCGUGUUUCAUCAUAAGCUCGGCCUUCUUAAGAGUUGACGUGGUUCGGUGCGGCCCGCAAUUGGACGAGUGUGUACAGUCGCUGGCUGAACAGCCCGAAUAUGCCGGCGACGAAUUCUUGGUGGCCAUCGCGAGGAUAAAGCUCAUCGUCCAGGAAGUAUCUCGAAUAUCGUCGUCACUGCGGGCAAGAUUGGAGCAGUUGAAAAAUAGUCUCGGACCAGCUCUCGUUCAAGACAAAGCGAUCAUGUCGCACUUUCAUCAUGCCGAAUCCUGCAUCAACGAGGUCGCCGCCUUUCACCCUCUCCCCAUCACCAUGCCUGUUAGCCUUCAUGCAACGAAUCCACCUCCUUUCCCCGUUCCCUCUACUAAUAACAUAAGGUCCCAGCCAAUCUCUCAAUACCUCUCCAAACCGAUUGACAUGCCUCGCCUCGAGGUCCUUCAGGCUUGUCUCGAUGCAGUGCAGCUCAGCAUAGCCAACUUCUUAUCCUUCGGGUUGCACGAGUACGUCACCAUGCCUUUCGCCAUAUUCACUCACUGGAAUCAUGCGAUACACGUGCUUUAUCGGCUGUCACUUCUCGAGGCUCCUGACUGGGACCGGGCAGCUGUGCGACAGGCUCUCGACGUGACGGCCGUACUGAACGAGGUGGCCUAUAGAAUGGCCCAGGUCCCUUGUGCCAUACAUAUAGUGGUUGGUGAGAGGGAUAGGGAUUUGUUUUCCAGGGGCGCGACCGCACUGCGAGCUACGGCUACACGUUGGGGUGCUGCGUUGGGUCAUGUUCCCGGAGAGAACGAUGCGAUUGGGAAUCCCGGAGGAGAAAACUCGUUAGAUAGUCUUGGCGAGGAAGUUACACAAGAGGAGCCGACCAUUGUGGAUUUCGGGGAUGAUGCAUGGUUGACUGAUUUGUUUGGUAUGUGGAAGGACAAUCAGAUGUAG